CGCUGGAGUUUCACAGUUCCAUCUCCUGUCACGAUCGCCAGUCCCAGUCGAGACAACCAGACUCAUCCCAAUGGACAGAUCGCGGUGACGGAGGGGGAACCAUGCAUCGAAUUUUUUCCUUUUUCCUGUUCGCUUUACUCUCUUUGAACUUUGCUUCCGCGUCGUCCGUAUACCACGAGCAGCUCGUGCUCCAACCGUUGCCUCUGUCAGCCCUCCUCGCCAGCUUCAACUUCCGCUCCAGCACCGCCCUCUCGGCCUUCGAGGCGCACAACUUCCGCUUCUUCCCCCGAUCGCUCGGCCAGAUCUUGCAACAUGCCGACACACGCGAGCUGCACCUGAGGUUUACUCUGGGACGUUGGGAUGCCGAGAGCUGGGGCGCCCGGCCGUGGGAUGGUGCUCGCGAGGGCGGCACUGGCGUCGAGCUGUGGGCUUGGCUCGAGGCCGAGACGGACGAAGAGGCAGACCAAAAAUGGCUGACGCUCACGAACGCCCUGUCGGGCCUCUUUUGCGCCUCGCUCAACUUCAUCGAUGGCACCCGAACCACGCGACCCGUCAUGUCCUUUCAGCCCGAGGGCGACCACCCUAAUUCGACCGUAAAUAAUAUGCAUCUGCUCUACGGCGUGCUUCCCCACGAGGUCGUGUGCACUGAGAACCUGACGCCCUUCUUGAAGCUCCUGCCCUGCAAGAGCAAGGCGGGCAUUGCAACACUGCUCGACGGCCACAAGCUGUUUGAUGCUUCCUGGCAGAGCAUGGCCAUCGACGUCCGGCCAGUGUGUCCUGACGGACAGGGAUGUAGGCUGGAGAUUGAGCAGACUAUUGACAUGGUCCUCGACAUUGAAAGAUCCAAGAGACCAAGGGACAACCCCAUCCCUAGGCCGGCCCCUGGCCACGAACUCAAGUGCGAUACAUCCAAGCCCUACCACGCAGAUGACACGUGCUUUCCUGCCGAUUAUAGCACCAGCCAAGACUGGUCGCUUUCCCAGCUCUUUGGCAAGACCAUCGAGAGGCCCUGCCCCCUCACAGACCCGGGCGUUCCUCCUGUAUGCCUCAACGUCCCCGACUCCCGCACUGUCUUCGUUUCGCAUGGCGUGGUGGAGAAGAAGAACCCGGACGGUAUGUCCCGGUGCUUCGAUAUUCCGCCCGAGGUCGACUUUAACCUCAGCCUUCCGGGUCCUGAACAAAAGGAGGGAGAAGAGGGUAACGGCCAAAUCGAAGUGACGUCGGAUCUCGUCAAGUCUAAGACGCCUCUACUGUAUGCCGAGCGCAGUUUUACGGGCCAUGGGCAGGAGCGCGGUGGCGUCCAGACAAUGCUGCGGAAUCCAAGCCCAGACAACGAGGUGGAGUUUAUCUACAUGGAGUCGCUGCCGUGGUUCAUGCGUAUCUACCUGCACACCAUGGAUGCGCGCAUCGAGGGCAGCUACGGGCACAACAGCAGCAACUCUCUAAUCGAAGAAGUCUACUACCGCCCGGCGCUGGACCGCGCGCGGGGGACGCAGCUCGAGGUGCGCAUGCGCAUCCCGCCUGCGUCGACCGUCUUCCUUACCUACGACUUUGAGAAGUCCAUUUUGCGGUACACGGAGUACCCACCCGACGCAAACCGCGGGUUCGACGUGGCCGCUGCAGUAAUCACUAUUCUCAACAGCGACAAGAGCAGCCCGCGCUUUGCAGCGUACAACCUCCGUACAACGUCGCUGUUGUGCAGCCUGCCCACACCCGACUUCAGUAUGCCGUACAACGUCAUCAUCUUCACGUCGACGGCUAUCGCCCUGGCAUUCGGUGGCAUGUUUAACAUUUUAGUGAGAAGGUUUGUCGCUGCCGACGAGGGGCCCGAGAGCAACCUAAAGGCUGCCGGGCAGAGGCUUAAAGGCCGACUCGCUACCCUAUUUGAGAGACUCCGGAACAAGAGGGCCGGGGUAGUGGCUGAGAAGCAGCCAGCGCCCGCGCCCCAAUGAAGUUUGAGGGAUGGUUUUGCAUGUUGUAAAAGGAAUAAGUGGUUUAGAAACUGCCAUAUUUCAUGGGUACAUAUCAGGUGUUGCAAUGCAUAUCAGUGUGGCUUUGGGAUUUAU